GCGCGGGGUUGUGUUUGCCGACACUGAUUGUGUUGCAUUAUUUUUUCUUUGCUUGUCGCACUUUUAAACCUUGAUUUGGCCUCACGCUUAUCGGCUAGCUAUAAGUGUUAAUUGUAUGCAUAAUUUUAGCACAUUAUCAUUUACGUGGGAGUAGUGGAUAAAAAACGUGCCGGUGUAAAAUAAACAAUGACGAAGCCGAACGUUCUAGUAUUGGGUGGAUGUGGAUUCAUCGGACGACAUCUGGUUCACUAUCUUGUCAUGAAUGAUCUUGCGGGGCGCAUCAGAGUCGUCGAUAAAAUGCCUCCUCUCAUGGCGUGGCUCAACCGGGCUCACAGCGAAUCGUUUGCCGACGAACGUGUCGAGUUUAUAAGCGCCAACCUCAUCAAUUCCACAUCCUGCGACGUAGCGUUCGGAACACGAUCGAUCCGGAGCAGUGAAGACUGUGGUGGCUGGGAUUUUGUGAUAAACUGUGCGGCCGAAACAAAACCAGGACAAACAGGUCCUGUGUACGAGGAAGGCAUACUGAAGCUGAGCAUCAACUGUGCAACUGAGGCCAUGAAACAUCAAGUCAAGCGCUAUGUAGAACUAAGUACCGGAAGUAUGUGUUCGGACGAAAAAAUACCGCAAACUGAAAACUGCCCGAUCGAACCAUGGACUAUGGUGGGCAAGUAUAAAGCAAAGGUGGAGCAGGAGUUGAUGUCGAUGGACAAGUUACCGUACACCAUACUGCGUCUCCCGAUUUGCUACGGUGUAGCCGAUCGCAAAGGAUUAACGCCCCGUAUCAUCAUCGCCGGGAUUUAUAAAUAUCUCGGGGAGACCAUGAAACUUCUCUGGACCGGAACGAUGAAGAUGAACUUGGUACACGUUGAAGACGUGUGCGGCAGCAUCUGGAAGUUGUUGCAAACGGAUGGCUCCAUACGAGAAACAAUAAACGUCUGUGAUGAUAGCAAUGCAACCCAGGCGAUGAUCAGUGAACUGCUCGCGGAUAUUUUCGGUCUUAAGAUCGAUUAUUGGGGCGUCACGAUGUCGAACAUGACCAAGCUCGAUAUGGCCGGAGCCAUUGAGGAGAUCAACGAUCGUCAUUUGGGCCCGUGGGCUGAGCUAUGCCAACGGGACGGAGUGCACAAUACUCCACUUACCCCGUACAUGGAUCAAGAACUGUUGCACUACAAGCACGUGCAUUUAAGCAACGAAAAACUAAAAUCAUUCGGGUACCGGCUUCGUCGUCCUCAAAUCACGCGCGAAGCGUUAGAGGAAAUAAUUCAAGAUUUCAUUGCGAUGAACCAUUUCCCGCGAACUUUACUCUACUAAGCUCCAUUUUGCGGCUGGGCAGCUCAUAUAGAUAAAAGGCACCUCUUGCAGCAUUGUACUUGAAUCAUUCAGCAAUAUGCUUAAACUUGGAAUUUGAUUCAAUAAGUAGAUAAACCGGAUCUCGCGAAAAAGACAGAAUGCUUCAGACCCGUUUUCACGGUGCGGUUAAGAAAGCCAACGCCCAGUGUUGUGUCGAUCGCUGCGAUGAAGUUAUGAACAAUGUUUGUCGUGCACUAGAUUAGAUAGCUAAUUCAAACUACAGCACUUGAAAAAGCCGCGAUGAAGCAUUAGAAAAAGGGGAAGAUACGUAGCAUUUCUCGGUAUACGUUGUAAACUGUUAAGCUCAUACUGACCGUAUAGCAUGAUUUAGUUUUCGUGCGUUUUUAUCGCCAUUCCAAUUGGUGUACCGUUUUACGAUUGUUAUUGUGAUUAAAACUACGUGGUAAAGAUGGAAAACGACGACACUGAAAGUACUUAUACAAUUACUCUAUACGAUGGUACUUUAUGUGGUAUUAGGCAAAAUUUUUUGAUGUACACAUACUAUGUGCCUCUAUGAAACGGAAACGUUAAAAAUUAUAAAGACCAUUGACAAAGGCAAUGGAACGGCCAACAAAUUUCGCAAUACAGGGACAAACAUAAGAAACGGCAGAUGUAUUACGAACAACGACGAAAGUGUGGGAUCUGUGUAUGCACUCACUGUGCCUUUAAGGUACAACCUCAACGUAGUUUCUUCAUAGAAGGAAGGUUAAAUAAUAAAA